GCCCUUAAUUAGGUUAACACUAUUGGUUCACUGGCCUUUGAAAUACUUUCUCACUGGAUCAUAAUAGAGGCCGUUUCGACGCGUACUUGCGCGACCAUAUCUUCGUAACAACGUCAAAUUAUUCGGAUUCAAGCAACAUCCAUACUGUAUGUGUAUGUAUUGUAUAUUGGUACCACAUUCACUACAAGCAGGCGCCGACGAGGGUGAAAGCGUCACAGUGACAACGUAAAUCGGUUCACAGUGUAACUAAUUAUACGGUGGAAUGUAACUGGGAUAAUGGUAUAUUGCAAAGGAGAAAUCAAGUUUAUUACGCGAUCAGAGCGGAACAGGGAACCCGCCAAGUUUGUCCUGGUAACGGGUGAGAAUGAUCCCCGUCGUGCCGCAGAGAAAGUUUUGCGGAUCAUGCUGGAUGAAUGGAAAAUACCCAAACCGGAACUAGUGAUAGCUGUCGCUGGUGGCUCACGUCGGUUUCGAGUUAGCGACGAACAUCGUCAAAUAUUCAUCGACGGAUUGAACAGACUGACUCAAGCCACUUGUGAGAGUUGGUUAUUGACGGCAGGGACCGAUAUGGGCGUGGUCAAUGUGGUCGGCGAUGCUAUGAAACGUGUCAGUGUCAAGGCACGCCAUAAAGUACACUGUAUAGGAAUUGCGUCAUGGCACGAAGUCGACGGCAGAGAAAACAUUAUUGACACUGAGACAGAGGAACGGAGAUUGUCGAUGUCUGCCAAGGGUGGUAACGAUAUAUCCGACGACGAAGCGACGGAAACUACAUUGCUGGCCACACCGGGGUCGUCACCGGCACGGCGGGAGAGUAGACCAUUCAAGAAAGAGAGUGCGGCACUUGCACAAUCACAAUUAUUAUUAUCUAAGACUUUUUACUCGUCGACUUAUACUGUGCUGCCAAUAAAGAGCAGUGGACCCAUACCCAUCAACCCUUUUCACACACACUUCGUGUUCGUCAGUAGAAAAGACAAAGACGACGAGGAACGGUUUCGUGUGAAACUGAGAGUCGAACUGCAAAAACUCCUGACAACAGGGGCGGCUCCUGCGUCUGGUGUACUGAUACAGAUGGAAGGAGGUAUUGACACCACACGGGCAGUCAGGAACGCACUGAAACGAAGAAUUCCCGUGGUGCUGUGCGAAGGUACCGGGAGAGCAGCGGACUAUCUAUCUUAUGCAUGCAGACACUGCGAAAAUAUAGACCAGGUGGAGGUCUAUGAUGCUGACCAAUUGAACGAAAAUGCAGGUUUUGAUUUUGCAGUACUUCAAGCACUUUUACGGGCACGAGGUGCCAGUCGAGAAUACUUUUAUUUGGCGUUCAACUGGAACCGAGGAGAUAUAGCUAAAGAGAUGAUGUCAUUGAAUAAUUUAGCACUGUCCACCGGAGACAAAGAAGAACUCAUGUCAAGGGCACUAUCUGAGAAGGAAAACAGAGUGACAUUUGUACGAUUAUUAUUAGAUCAUGGCUUAGUCUUAAAUGAUUACUUGACAAACUUUCGAUUGGAUCAACUCUAUCACUGGCAUGCUAGUAAAAGCAGUUUAGCAUUGGACGUCGAGAUUCGAAAUAGUUGUCCGUCUUAUAGACGCAGUGUCAACGAAGAAUUAAAAUCCAUGAUGAGAGGUUAUUACACACCGAGUAACGUCGAAGAAAAAUACGAGAAGAGGCCAUUCCGAGAGUUGUUUAUUUGGGCUUUACUUGUUAACAGGUAUGAACUAGCGUCGUUCUUUUGGACACGAUGCGCUGACCCAAUCUCCCUGGCUAUUGUUGCGUGCAGAGUGUACAAGUGUAUAGCUAGCAAAGGAUUCGCCGACCCAGACGAUGAAGCAUUGUGUUUAACUCUGGCAGAUGAGUACGAGGACAAGGCAUGUAAUGUCCUUGCGGAGACAAGGGCAUUGGACGACGACUAUGCGUUACAACUUGUGGAGCGAAGGCUGCCGUUGUUGGGAAAUCUAAACAUGUUGGAACUAGGAGCUUUGGCUGAUUGUAAGCGAUUUGUAGGUCAUGCUAGUUGCCAGAGAUCUUUAGAUAAUAGAUGGGAUGGCGACAUGAAGUAUCCUUUCACACAUAAGGUACUGCUACCAGUGUUAUUUCCUCCUGCCAUAUUCUGUACCGUCAAAUUCAAACAUGAGCAUAGCUGUCUUGGAAAAAUCAAUGCGUUUUACAGCGCUCCGAUGACAAAAUUUGUAUUUGAUUGGGUGGCGUUAUUAUGUUUCUUGAUACUGUACAGCCAUGUUUCACUGUAUAUGGAUCGAUAUCCCUUUAAGACUCAGGACUACAUCCUACACGUAUGGGUACUCACUAUGCUCUUGGAGGAGAUUAGACAGAUAUUUAUACCACGUGAUGAGCAUGAAUCUGUUUGGCAACGAUUCACCAACUACUGGAGAAGUAUCUGGAAUGUCUUAGAUACCUUUGCUAUUAUCUGUGUGGCGGUGGGGUUCGGAAUUCGUUUCUAUGACAACGACACAGCAUUCUCUGUAUCCAGAGCUCUAUAUGCAAUUGGCUGUGUGAUAUUUUGGAUACGGAUGUUACGAAUGUAUUUAUUCAGUAAAAAUCUCGGCCCCUUUUUGAUAAUGAUAAAAGGAAUGGUGAGUACUUUAACGUUUUUAUAA